AUGGUUACUUCUCCGACGAACUCCACAAUCAAAUUUCUCUGUAGCUAUGGCGGGAAAAUUCUACCCCGUUAUCCCGACGGCAAGCUCCGUUACAACGGCGGUCACACUCGCGUCCUCGCCGUUCCCCGCUCCGUCUCAUUUUCCGAGCUAGUGUGGAAGAUGGCGGAGAUGUGCGGAUCCACCGUCACUAUCCGGUGUCAGCUUCCGACGGAAGAUCUCGACGCGCUCGUUUCCGUUACUUCCGAUGAAGAUCUGGCGAAUCUAAUCGAAGAGUACGACCUUGUUUCCAGCUCAUCGCCGUCGCCGAUGAAGAUCAGAGUCUUCCUAAAUCCGCCGAAAUCCGCCGGAUCCAGAAAAUCGACGAUGUCGCCUCCGUCGUUAGCGUUACCUUCUUCCACGUCGUCAUGUUCCACCACUUCGUCCACUUCAUCCAGUCCUAGAUCGCCGUCUAUGUCAAAACCACCGCUCCCUCCGUCGCCGCCGAGAUUAACCACGGGGAAGAAUCAGUGCUACGGCUGCUAUGUCCACCGUAAUUCGAGAAAUCUCUACCUCGUCCACAACGGAAAUCACUGGCAAUAA